AUGAGAAAUCAAAUCUCCCCUGAGCCAAUCCUCUUUGUGUUUCUCUCAUGGGCUUUCAAUGAAAGGAAGGGAGUUGAACAUGAAGGGAACCUUUCUGACAUCUUGGACACACCCACCUCACGGUCUCCAUCAAGAAUAAGGAGGACCACUUCCUCAGGGGGUUGGGAAGCAUGGGAAAUAGAGCUAUGGGAAACAAUCAAAUACAAGUAUGGGGAGGAGGCCGCCGCUCGGGUUUGUUCCCUACGAGGCCCUAUAGCCAUAGCUCAUAGACGCAGACUAUUUUCAACGUCUGGUCCUGACAAUCUUGAGGAUGGUGGAGAUGAUCCAGAUGUCAGCAAAGUACCCAGAAAACUUCACGACGAAGGGGAUUAUACGAGGGAUGAUCAUUUGAACAAGCAAGUGAAGAAGUUGAAUUAUCCACUAGCUACCAUUGGACGAAUUUCUCAUAUAGACCAGGUCCCUUGGUUUUCUGGUUCUAUUAAAACGGAACUUGUAAAAGUAACUAAGUACAGAGGGCGCAAGAGAACCAAGAAACAUGUUAAAUUGGAUGACCAACAAAAGGAAGUAAGAGAACAUUCAACUUUUGAGGGAGUCAAGGAGAGAUCUUCAAGUUUGAGUUUAGAAAAGAAGGCUAAGGCUACCCGAAAGUUAUGGAAAGUUUGGGAGCAAGUACACACUACCAUGGUUGAAACAAUCUGGAAGCCGAAGCCGGAUGGAACAAGUGAGAAACCACAGUUGUCGUGUGAGAAUAUCAAAGAGGACCAAAAAGAAACGCCAGGAGGAGAUGUUCUGACCUGGAUGUCUACACGUCAAUUCUUUGACAAGAGAUAUAAAACAGCAAUGACAUUGACCAGUCCAGAGCUAUAUGGGCACUUUAGUCUGAUGGCAUGGGUAUCACUGAAACCUGACUCAACAAAAGAUGAGUCAGCAGAAGAUGAGUCAAGGAGAUCUAUGGAGGUAACGCCAAUGAGGGUCAAGUUUGAAGUGAGAAAGAUACCAGACACAAAGAGGGACGAGUUGAGAGAGCGUCUAGAAGGUCCUCUGACUGUUGGGACCAGAUGCUAA